GGGGGUUUGCAUGUUAUGUCUCACAUCAGAGGACAGGUGGCGCCCUUGCACCCAUGAAUAAGCAGAAAUGCUGCUCUCUGUUUUGCUGAGUGUCACACAGAAGACACUGACCUGAUUUGAAGUCGCAGGGCUUCAUCUAUCAUCUAUCUACAUGGACCUUUCAGUGAUAUCUGUUGUUAGGUUGCUGUGGAGAGAAAUCUAAUUAUCCGUAUUUUGAUUUUGUGUUUCCUGACUGCUGUGGCUCUCUCAGGAGAGGGGGGCGGAUAUCCAGCAUCUCUCAGCCUCCGCCCGCCUUUUUGGCUCCGUCCAAACCGGUGGAGAGACGGUGGGGGGAACCGCAGACCGACCAGGGGGACAGGCUGAGAGUCAGAGAGACAGGGGCGAUGGCCGCCGAUGGAGUCUGCGGGGAAUCGGUGGAUCAGUACCGGGCCGAGGUGGAGCGGCUCACCCAAGAACUGGCCGAGGCGAACCGGGAGAAGAUCAGGGCUGCGGAGUGCGGUCUUGUUGUCCUGGAGGAGAACCAGGCGCUGAAGCAGAGGUAUGCAGACCUGGAGAUCGAGCAGGACACUCUCAGGAAGGAGUUGGAGCAAUUACAGGAGGCGUUCGGCCAGGCCUACACCAACCAGCGUAAGGUGGCAGAGGAUGGGGAGACCAAUGAGGAGACGUUGCUGCAGGAGUCAGCCUCUAAGGAGGCCUACUACAUGGGCCGUCUUCUGGUGCUGCAGACAGAGGUGACGCUCAGCCAAUCUGUGGCGUCCAACGCCCAGUCUGAGAACGAGAGGCUGAACGCACUCGUGCAGGAGCUGCGAGAGAGUAAUGAGAUGCUGGAGCUACAGCGGACCAGGAUGAGGGAAGAGGUCAAGGAGUACAAGUUCAGAGAAACGAGGCUGCUUCAGGAUUACACAGAGCUGGAGGAGGAGAACAUCACGCUGCAGAAACUGGUGUCUACACUCAAGCAGAGCCAGGUGGAGUAUGAAGGACUGAAACAUGAAAUCAAAGUACUUGAGGAGGAGACGGUUCUCCUCAACAGUCAGCUGGAAGACGCUUUACGUCUGAAGGACAUUUCUGAGGGUCAGCUGGAGGAGGCCCUGGACGCCCUGAAGAGUGAGCGCGAACAGAAGAACAACCUGAGGAAGGAGCUGGCCCACCACAUCAGCCUGAGUGACAGUGUGUAUGGAGCCGGGGCCCAUCUGGCGCUCACUGUCACCGGCGUUGAGGGCCUCAAGUUCCCCGAGGAGACCAACGUAACCAAUGGGACCAACGGCAGCACCAUCCCUGCUGCCAACGGCAACAACGAGGACAGUAACCGCCGCAACGGGCACGUUCACACCGGCACCGGGAUGGCUAAGAUGAACGGGGAAUACCGACCGGGCCGGAAAGGAGAAGGCCUGCUCCCCGUGCCGGACCUGUUCAGUGAGCUCAACCUGUCGGAGAUGCAGAAGCUCAAACAGCAGCUGCUGCAGGUGGAGCGCGAGAAGUCGGCGCUGCUCAUGAACCUGCAGGAGUCACAGACCCAGCUGCAGCACACUCAGGGCGCCCUGACGGAGCAGAACGACCGGGUCCAUCGGCUCAUGGAGCGCAUGAACACCAUGAAAUGUCUCAACGGAGACAAAGAGCUCGACGACCCGCAGGAGAGCGAGAAACCUGACGGCGGCUCCAUAUCGCCACCAGCCAACGGUCACCAUGAUCCGGACAUCCACGGCUUUGAGAUCCUGGAGUGUAAGUACAAGGUGGCAGUGACGGAGGUGAUCGACCUGAAAGCUGAGCUCAAGGUCCUGAAGGAGAAGCACAACCAGGCAGUGGAGGGGCAGGGGGAGAGCCACAGUGACGACCGGGUCCAGGCACUCAGCGAACAGCAGGUAACUCAUUUGGAGCGUAGUUACCGUGAGAGCCGGGAGAGGGUGGCGAGCCUGGAGGCGGAGCUCCGAGCAGCUGCCAGCACAGCUACAGAGAGCCAGGGUAUGCUGAAUACAGCCCAGGAUGAGCUGGUCACCUUCAGUGAGGAGCUGGCGCAGCUCUACCACCACGUCUGUCUCUGCAACAAUGAGACGCCCAACCGCGUCAUGCUAGACUACUACCGCCAGAGCCGCGUCACACGCAGCGGCAGCCUGAAAGGCUCAGACGACCACCGGGCGCUGCUUUCCCCUCGCCUGGCACGCCGCCUCGCUGCAGUGUCUGCAGCCUGCUCCUCCGAGCCCCCACGCAGCCCCAUGGACUCCCCGUCCAAAGACGCCCUUAACAAUGAGACAUCAGCCAACCCAGGGGACCCUCCAUCCUGUCAUAGCAGCCCGACCCGCAACGCCAUGGGCUCCCCAUCCAUCAGCAUCUCUCCCUGCCCGUCUCCAGGGCCCUCAGAGGCAGGUGGGGACCUGCGCAAGGAGCCCAUGAACAUCUACAACCUGAACGCAAUCAUCAGAGACCAGAUCAAACACCUCCAGAGGGCCGUGGACCGCUCGCUGCAGCUGUCCAGGCAGAGGGCUGCAGCCAGGGAGCUGGCGCCGAUGCUUGACAAGGACAAGGAGUUGUGCAUGGAGGAGAUAUUGAAACUGAAGUCUCUGCUCAGUACCAAGAGAGAGCAGAUAGCCACGCUCAGGCUGGUGCUGAAGGCCAAUAAACAGACAGCAGAGGGUGCACUGGCAAAUUUGAAGAGCAAGUAUGAGAAUGAAAAGGCGAUGGUGACAGAGACCAUGAUGAAGCUGAGGAACGAGCUGAAGGCUCUGAAAGAAGAUGCCGCCACUUUCUCAUCUCUCAGGGCCAUGUUCGCCACAAGAUGUGAUGAGUACGUGACCCAGCUGGAUGAGAUGCAGAGGCAGCUGGCGGCAGCAGAGGAUGAGAAAAAGACGUUGAACUCCCUCCUCCGUAUGGCCAUCCAGCAGAAACUGGCGCUGACCCAACGGCUGGAGGACCUGGAGUUUGACCACGAGCAGACUUACCGCGGCCGUGGCGCUAAAGUGCCCAAGAUAAAAAGCAGCCCGCCCAAAAUUGUCAGCAGCCUGCUGCCUCAGUACCGUCACUCUCCCCACAACUAAGGCGAGGGAGAGCCUCCCUAGCCCGCAGGUAACAAGCUGUAAAAUCAGCUAGUGGUAGGCUCAUUGACAUCUAUCUAUCUAUCUGUCUGUCUUUCUAACUAAUAAAUACUUCAUUCACAUUUUAUUCAAUGCACACAUCUUUUCUUGGUUGCAUACCUGCAUCUGUAGAAGAGAAAUUAUCUCGCAUGCUAUCAAUUUUCACAUUUUAUCUUUAAGUUAUGGCUGCAUAACUAAUUAACACUGGGGGGUAAAGAAAUUCACUUGCAUGUAAAGUUUUGCAUGGCAGUAAUUCUACACAUGCUUUUACCGUAUAUAGGUUAUUAAUACUAAUUGUCCUCUUUCUUAAUUGCAAUUUUGACCUUUUUCAUGGCAGAUUUGACUUCUCAUAACAGGAAAAACACAGGUGUGAUUAAUUAGGAUUAAAGUGUCACAUAAAGCCAUGCCACUAGCUAUGAUUAGCAUCGUUAGCUAAGUCAAGAUGUCCACUGUGAGGAAGGUCUAUUACUGUUGCCAGUUAUGUUUGGGUUAACCAACAGACUAGUUGUCUUUAUUUAUUUAUUCAUUUAUUUAUUUUAAUCAAUGGACACAACAGUCAUACAAGGCAACUGCUGACAGAUCUGAGACCAUGUUUGGUUAAGUGUUGUGCUGGCUAGCCAACACUCUCCAACCCUGUUUUGUUCUAGAUGUUCUCACCAAAUCAUUUUCUUAAAGCCCUUUCCUUGUUUCUGGGAUGAUUUUAAAGGAAUAGUCUGACUUUUGGGUAAAUAUUUUUUCAUUGGUUUCUUGCCAAACAAGAUAAGAAGACUCAUACCACUUGAUGGAGCUAGGCUAACAGUUUCCCAAUGUUUGUAGUCUUUGAUCUAAUCUAAGCUAACUGACUGCUCACUGAUAUUUAGUGUACAGAAUGCUGCAGCUAGCAGCCAGUUAGCGUAGUUUAGCUAAGCUGAGCGUAAAGAAACUGGAAACAGGGAGAAACAGGAAUAUGUAUUUUUUCCAAAUGUUACAAAACUUUCAUACCAGUAGCCUACCUCUAAAGCUAAUUCAAGCUAAGCUAAAAGGCUGCAGGAUGUUGCUUCAUAUUUAACCUUUUAGAGUGGUAUCAAUCUUCAUAUUUUAUCCCUUGGCAAGAAAGCAAACAAGUUUAUUUCCCAAAACUUUAUUCCUUAAAGAAAACCAUGUCAGCCUUUGCCACAUUUGUUGAUUUUGUCUAACCACAUUAUUCCAACAAUGGUUCCUCUUUUCUCUAGCCUCUUAGAUUAACCAGUCUCUUUAACUUAAUUUUAAUUCUUUAUGUAUCCAUGCAUUCACAAAAACAACACACAAUAGGUUAAAAUGUUGGUUCUUUUCUUUUUUAAUUUGAAGUGUUGGUUGUUGUAAUACUCAUUUUGGCCACAAGAUGCUGACCCAUGUUAUAAUUCUCCAUGCAUUCUUAACACAAGCUACAUGUAUUGCAUGGGGUAGUGGUGCACUUUCACAGAUGGAGAAACAUUUUUUCUUCCCCCACCUGUUUCACUGAUGAAAAUAUAUUUUGGGAAACAACAACACUUUUUUAAGGCACAAAGGACUACUGAAUAGGACUUUGAAUUAGUACACUGCAAAAAAAGAAAAGUUGGGUGAACUCAAAAUUUCAAGGCAACAAACUUCGAUAAAAUUUUAAGUUGGACAAUUAAACUAAAUAUUUCAAGUUUUGUUUUUGAGUUUGCUCAACUCUGAAUUCAGAUUUUUGUCAACUCAACUGUAAAUUGUAUUAACUUAUAAUUUUACAUUAUAAGUUUUAAUCCUUACUUCUGCAAUGUGCUGAAUUGGCACGAUUGUAACGCCGCUAUGAAAUGUCAGCUAAUGUUGCGACCACUUGGCAAGAAAGCAAACAAGUUUAUUUCCCAAAACUUUAUUCCUUAACCCACUGAGGCCUGAAACGCCUGUAAAACCUCUGGGCGAUUUUAAAAUAAGCCCCUAAAACCUGAAGUUUUUCUGGAAAUUCAACAGAAGUGUCAACGCUUCUACUAAAUAAUAGAUUUUUCAGCCUCUGUAGCAGAUAGAAAUGAAAUUCAAAAAGUAUUUGAGAGCUUAUACAAAUACUACAAAACGACGUAUCCGCUGUCCAGGCUUCAAUGGGUUAAAGAAAACUAUGCCACAUUUGUUGAUUUUGUCGAACCACAUUAUUCCAACAAUGGCUCCUC